ACCAAGAAGCAUUGUUUCUUCAGUUUGUCAAUAAAAAUGGGAAAAAUGCGAUGCUGUGAGAAGGUAGGGUUCAAGAAAGGACCAUGGACACCAGAAGAAGACAAUAAGCUCCUUGCUUAUGUUGAAAAACAUGGCCAUGGAAAUUGGCGGUCAGUACCUGCCAAAGCAGGUCUUGAAAGAUGUGGAAAGAGUUGCAGAUUGAGGUGGAUUAACUACCUCAAACCUGAUAUAAAACGAGGAAACUUCAGCUCGGACGAAGACCACACCAUUAUUCAACUUCAUGCUCUUCUCGGAAACAAAUGGUCAAUCAUAGCAGCUCAUCUGCCUCAAAGAACAGACAAUGAAAUCAAGAAUUAUUGGAACACCAAUAUCAAGAAAAGACUGAUCAGAAUGGGCUUAGAUCCCCUCACUCACAAACCAAUAAAAAGGAACAACUUUGAAGACUAUGGUGUUGGUCAUCAUGAGCAGUCCAAGGACACCACCAACAUGGAUCACGUGGCUCAGUGGGAGAAUGCUCGACUUGAAGCUGAAGCCAGAGGAUCUAUGUUGCAAGUUGAAUCUCACUCCUCACAUCACCCUCAGCUAAUGUUGACCAAAAUCCCAACACAACUUUCUCCUUCCUCUUCAGAUUCACUAUCAAUCAAACACAACACAGUAUACAACAUGUAUGACCUUAUACUUGCCACAAAUCAUGACCUUCCAUCACCAGUAUCCACAUUCAGCAGAACAUCGCUCUCUUCUGAAGGUGAUUUUAAUGUGUCUGAAACUAGUUUUCAAAUAAUACAAGACCGUGUGUCAAACUUGCAAGAUGAUGAGAUCACGGUGGCUGUGGAAGCAUUUACAACCGCAAGCUGCGAGAGUAUUCAAGAGUUGUUAAGGGGUUCCACACUGACAUGGGUAAUAAGCAAAGUAAUUUGGAAAGAGAAUGGAGUGAAGGAAAUAAAGAGGAGGAAGUUUCCAGAGUGCAGGCGCAGCGCAGGAAAAUGAAAAUUAGAAAGGGAAUGAAGUGAAAAUCCUCUUUAGUUUAACAUUUUCAAUUUAAAGUAGCAUAGCAGCUUCGACAUCAUGAAGUUUUCAAUUGGAGUAAAAUGGAGGGAGAAGUGAGCCUUCUCAUCAACAUCAAAAAUCCCCUUUCUCAUCAUUGCCACAAAUUUCUGGUAAUUUAUUUUUCUCUUCAGCAAAAACUUUGUCAAGCUAGUAUGUAACAGAUAUUUAUUCUGAAGUUUUUAAUUAACUCUCCAU